UCCUUCUCCUCCUAUAAUUCUUUCCACCACAAUCCUCACUUCCCCUCUUUCACUUUCUUCUCCAAAACAAUCCCAUUUUCAGGCAAAAAAAAGCUUCCAUGGCUUCAAUUUCAGCAGCUUCUGCCACAGCUGCAACAAAACUUGUCUACCCUUCUUCAGGUAGCAGUACUAGCAGUGCUUCUAUUCUUCCUUCAAACUCAACAAAAUCCCCUAAACUUAUCCUUUCAUCUUCUUUUACCCCAACACUUUUCCUCAACUCACCAACCACCACCCCUUCUUCUUCAUCCGUCCGUCAACACAGGUUCACUGUCCGUGCAGCACGUGGCAAAUUCGAAAGAAAGAAACCCCAUGUUAACAUUGGUACAAUUGGCCAUGUUGACCAUGGUAAAACCACUCUAACAGCUGCAUUGACCAUGGCGCUUGCCUCUUUAGGUGGCUCUGCCCCGAAAAAAUACGAUGAAAUUGAUGCUGCCCCUGAAGAAAGAGCUCGUGGUAUUACUAUUAACACUGCCACUGUGGAAUAUGAAACAGAAAAUCGACAUUAUGCACACGUGGACUGCCCCGGGCACGCUGAUUAUGUUAAGAACAUGAUUACUGGUGCUGCUCAAAUGGAUGGAGCUAUACUUGUUGUUUCUGGUGCAGAUGGACCAAUGCCACAAACAAAAGAACAUAUUUUGCUAGCUAAACAAGUUGGUGUACCGAAUAUGGUUGUUUUCUUGAAUAAACAAGAUCAGGUUGAUGAUGAGGAGUUGCUUCAACUUGUUGAAUUGGAGGUAAGAGAGUUGUUGUCAAGUUAUGAAUUUCCUGGUGAUGAUAUUCCGAUACAUUCGGGGUCUGCUCUUUUAGCUUUAGAGGCUUUAAUGGCUAAUCCUUCUAUUAAAAGAGGUGAAAAUGAAUGGGUUGAUAAGAUUUAUGGUUUAAUGGACUCUGUUGAUGAGUAUAUUCCUAUUCCACAAAGACAAACUGAAUUGCCUUUCUUGAUGGCUAUUGAAGAUGUUUUUUCUAUUACUGGUAGAGGUACUGUUGCUACAGGGAGAGUGGAAAGAGGGACCGUUAAGACUGGAGAAGUCGUCGAUAUAGUUGGGUUGAAGGACACUAGGCAAACUACAGUUACAGGGGUUGAGAUGUUCCAGAAGAUUCUUGAUGAAGCAAUGGCGGGAGAUAAUGUUGGGUUGUUGUUGAGAGGUAUUCAGAAGAUCGAUAUUCAAAGAGGAAUGGUGUUGGCUAAGCCUGGAACGAUUACUCCACACACAAAGUUUGAAGCUUUGGUGUAUGUGUUGAAGAAGGAAGAGGGUGGAAGGCAUUCACCUUUCUUCGCAGGUUAUAGGCCUCAGUUUUACAUGAGGACGACUGACGUGACCGGAAAGGUUACUGCGAUUAUGACUGAUAAGGGGGAGGAAUCUAAGAUGGUUAUGCCUGGUGAUCGUGUAAACAUAGUGGUUGAAAUGAUUAUGCCGGUUGCUUGUGAGCAGGGUAUGAGGUUUGCUAUUAGGGAAGGAGGAAAGACUGUUGGAGCUGGUGUUAUUCAGAAAAUCUUAGAAUGAUGAACUUGCAGCAGCUGAGCAUCUCUUUUCCAUUGAAGUUUUUUUUUUAAUCCAUUGUCAUAUAUUGCGACUUUUUGGUUACUUUUAUUAUGUCUUAGAAUCUUACUUUAGUUGAAGUAUCCUGUUUUUUUAUCCCUCAAUCCUACUGAACUUUUGGAAUUUUUCGCCAGUCUUGUGUUUCACUUUUUGUUUGCUUGAAAGGAAUGAUAUCAUUUUCUCUCA